AUGUCUGAGACGAUUGGGACUUGGCACAAAGCAUGUUGUAUUUCGAAACGAUUAGAUGGGAAGUUAGCCAUUGUCACUGGAUCGAACACUGGUAUCGGGUUAGUGACAGCUGGUGAAUUAGCUCGUCGUGGUGCUCGAGUCAUCAUGGCAUGUCGAAAUCUACGAAAGGCUGAGGAUGCCAAAAGACGUCUAUUGGAGAAAUACGGUGCCGAUAAUCCACAGAGUGUGAACAUUGAUGUAGCAUGUAAACAAGUGAUCUCAUCGUUGAGUCCAAUCUACAGUGACCAACUCAUCAUUGAACAACUUGAUUUGGCUUCUCUACAAUCAAUCAGAGAAUUCGCCAGACGAAUCACAGUCAAUUAUUUAGAACUUCAUUUUCUUAUUAACAAUGCCGGUCUCGCAGUUAGUAAAUAUGAAGAAACUAUUGAUGGUUUUGAAAUAACAAUGGGUGUUAAUCAUUUUGGACAUUUCCUUCUAACGGAAUUAUUAUUACCUUUAUUAAAACGUUCGAUACCAUCGAGAAUCAUUAUUCUGUCAUCAAUAGCACACUAUAGAGGCCGUUUAAUUAAACCAGAUUUGCAAAUUCAACCAAAAAAAUAUGGUGAGGUUAAAGCUUAUUGUCUUUCAAAGUUAGCCAAUACAAUGCAUGCUGUUGAAUUAAGUGAGCGAUUGCGUGAUAGUGGAAUCACUGUUGUUAGCGUCCAUCCUGGUGUUGUAAAAACUGAAAUUUUACGAGACGUGAAAAGUUUUGCAUUGAAAUGUUUCAUUGCAGUGAAUAGGCCAAGAGUAAUUAGUCCAUGGAAAGGAGUACAGACUAUAAUGUACACAGUGUUGUCAGACAACUUAAUCUCUGGUGGUUACUAUUCAAAUUGUGCAUUAAAAGAACCGUCAAAAAUAGUUAAAAAUAAAGAGGAAAUAAUAUGGUUACGGAAUAGAACACGUGAACUCCUUGGAAUAGAUAAAUUAGUGACUGCUAAUGAUUAA